CUAAAUUGUUUGGCAAAGCAAAAGCAAAUUAAGACAAACCCACAUAUCACACAAUUCACAACUCAAAACUCACAAGUUAUUAUAUAUUACUCCAUUCCUUUGUUUCUGAGAACCAUUAGAGAAAAGAAUGGGUGCCGUUGUGUUAAACCAGAGUGUACACAUAAAUCCCAGCAAAGGGCCUCAAAAAUUAAUUAACAACGAUGUGAUCGAAGAAAUUGGAGGGCUUAUUAGAGUGUACAAAGACGGAAAAGUCGAAAGACCAGAGGUAGUGCCAUGUGUCACUGCUUCAUUGGCUGAUCACGAUCAACUGGGAUCAGCAACAGUGAUUUCUACGGACGUGGUCAUUGACAAGUCCACCAAUGUUUGGGCUCGUUUUUAUGUUCCAAUUUUGGCUCAGAAAGACAAAAUCCCAUUGAUUGUUUACUUUCACGGAGGUGGAUUUUGCGUCGGCUCGGCUGCUUGGAGCUGCUACCACGAUUUCUUAUCCAAAUUAUCAGCCCAACUCAGCUGCCUAAUCAUGUCCGUAAACUACCGUUUAGCUCCAGAAAACCCUCUUCCAGCUGCUUACGAAGAUGGGUUCAAAGCUCUCUCGUGGCUGAAACGACAAGCCGUAGCAAGAAACGACAGCGUUUUAGCCAGAUGUGACUUCUCAAAAAUUUUCCUUGUUGGGGACAGUGCCGGCGCCAACAUAGCCUACAAUUUAACCACUCGGCUAAUUAACUCCGCCGAAGCCAAGAGACUCAAGCCUUUGAGGUUUAAAGGCAGUGUCUUAGUCCAGCCAUUCUUCGGAGGCGAGUCGAGGACAGAGUCAGAGAAAUUCUCGGCGGCGGCGGGGCGGCGGUCGGCUCUGAGCUUGGCGGCUUCGGAUACGUAUUGGAGAUUGGCUCUGCCUGGUGGGGCCACUAGGGAUCACCCUUGGUGCAACCCUUUGGGGAAAGGGUCGGUGAUUGAGAAAGCAUGUAAUGAUGAUGAUGAGGUUUUGGGUAUGAUGGUGUGUGUUUCAGAGGAUGAUAUAUUGAAAGAUAGGAAUCUGGAAUUUUGUGGGGCUUUGGGGAAGAAGAUGAAGGUUGAUUAUGUGGUGUACGGAGGAGUUGGUCAUGCUUUUCAGAUUCUCAACAAAUCUCAGCUCUCACAGAUUCGAACUCAAGAAAUGAUGACUCAUAUUAAAGCUUUCAUUAACAAAUAUUAAUUAAUUAAUUAUUAUUAUUUUAAACAAAUUUAUUAUUAUUAUUAUUAUUGUUGUUGCAUAUAUAUAUAUAUAAAGAAUAUCAUUAAUUAGCAGCUAGAAUAUGUCCCGGCUGCACUUCUGUAGAUAACAAGAAGAUGCCAAUUUGUUGUGUAUAUGUUGUGCUUUAGAGAUAAAUUUAUUGACAUUAUUGUAUAUAAAAUGACAUGUACGUACCCUGAUUUUAUGUUUGGUUAAUGAAAUUACUAGUAAAUUGAGGAAAAA